AUGCCUAAAAAAGAAGCUACCGUCAAGACUAAAAACCAGACACGUAGUAUUCGGUCGGGUCUUACGCUUCCUGUCGGAAGAGUUCAUAGGAUUCUUCGUAAGGGGAAUUAUGCGCCUAGAGUAGGUUGUGAAGCCUCUGUGUACCUUUCGGCUGUGCUGGAGUAUUUAUGCUCUGAAAUAUUAGAGUUAGCGGGUAACGCCGCGCUAGAGAAUGGCAGAUCGAGAAUAUCUCCCCGUCACAUACUGUUGGCAAUUGGCAAUGAUGUGGAACUAGACAAAAUGCUCACCGGAGUGACGAUAUCACAGGGUGGUGUCAUACCUAAGAUAAUGCCACAAUUACUACCAAAGAAAACUGCUGUUAAGAACUACAACAUCACUCCUAAUAUUGCUGGCUCUUCUCAGGAGUAUUAAUUUAACUCUGCUGUUUAUUUCCUUAUUUAUAAUUGUCUUUUUUUUGGUUAUUACGAAAAUAUAAACAGUGAUAAUCAUUAUUCAUUAUUAUAAUUGUCAUAUUAAUUUUUUUUGUCAUAAGUUAAUUUAUUGUUUUAUUUUUUAGUAAUUUUAGGUUGAUGUAUUUGUAUUAUUUAUUAAAUUGUAUGAAAACCUGCUAAUUUUAAAUUUGCAAAUAAAACUGUUCAAAUGGUAAUUUA